AGGGAGGGAGCAGGGAAGCCGCGGUGGCGCAAGCGGCGCGGAGCUGCGCGGCCCGGGUCCGCUCCUCGCCUAGCCGCGGCCGGCUUCAGACCCGGCCCUUCCGUACCGGCGCCUCCUGCCAGCCCCACAAGCGCGGACGGAGUCCAUGUUGGGGAACUCGGCGGCGGAGUGACGGGAGACCCCGAGCUUCCCGCCGUGGGGCCCGCGGCCGCCGGAGCGCGCGCCUCGACCUCGGUCGGAGGGAACGCUUUACAAAGGAAAAAUGAAGAAGAAGAUUGUAUAUACCAUAAAUGUGGGAGACCAUGAGUAUGAAGAUAUGGAAGGUGAAGAAAACAGAAAUGACACUGUUGCAAGUGGCCUCUUGUACAAUGAAACAGACAGAUGUCCAAUAUGUCUUAAUUGCUUAUUAGAGAAGGAAGUUGGUUUUCCAGAAAGUUGUAAUCAUGUCUUCUGUAUGACCUGUAUUCUUAAAUGGGCAGAGACACUGGCUUCAUGUCCUAUUGAUCGAAAACCUUUUCAGGCAGUAUUUAAAUUCAGUCCUUUGGAAGGUUGUGUUAAGGUUCAAAUAAAAAGACAGCUAAGAGAGACAAAAGAAAAGAAAACUGAAAGCUCUUUUAAAAAACAGCUCUCCUGUCAUGAAAGUUCUGAAACCUCUACAAGAAAGAAGGCCAUAAAAGAAGAUUUAUUAACUUCAAGAUUUUUUUAUUUGAAGAUGAUACAUAGAAAGUCUUCAAACAGUAAAACAGAAGGACAGAAAAAUGCAGUAAUAAAGACAGAUAAGCCUCGAAGAUCAAAUCAGUGUACAAGUUAUUGCUUCAGAAAUUUUUUCUCCAAUAUGUUUCCUUCUAGUAGUCACACUGGAGAAUCUUUUACCUAUAGAGCUUACUGUACAGAAUUUAUAGAAGUCAGUGAAAUCAGUGCAUUGAUUAUGCAGAAAAGACAAGAACUGGAACUGUCAUGGUUUCCUGGUACAUUACCUGGAAGUGGAAGAAUUGGUUUUGUACCUUGGAACGUUGAAACAGAAGUCCUUCCUCUCAUCUCUUCUGUGUUACCAAGAAGUAUUUUUCCAACAAAUACUAUGUCAUUAGAAAAUUUCGGUACUUCUUGCAAAGGUAAUACAUUAGCACAUACCCAAGAAGGAGAUGAAAAAAAGCAAGCUUCUGGGUCAUCAAACACUAGAGGAUCAAGACGAAAACCUACAACCACAACUCCUACAAGGAGAUCUACACGUAACACAAGAGCUGAGACUGUUAGUCAGUCUCAGAAAUCCCCAGUAUCAAGUAAUUCUGGGUGUGAUGCUCCAGGUAACAAUAUUCCUCCUGAAAGUGUUUCGUCUCCAGUCGAGUCAGAAAAGCAAAGAAGACAGGCUCCAAAACGUAAGUCCAUUAGGAGAGGAAGAAAACCACCUUCACUGAAAAAGAAACUUCGGAGGUCUGUGCCUUCCUCUGAAAAAACAUCUUCUAGUGAUUCAGUGGAAGAAGAAAUAACAGAAUCUGACACACCACCAGUAUUAGAGAAAGAGCAACAAUCAGAUGUUGAAAGUAGUAAUGUUUGUUCCUUGCAAACAGAUGUAGAAAACCAGUUGUCUGAUUGUUUGGAAAGGUGCAGUGAACAAAUAGGAGAAAAUGAGGACCAUAUUGAGAAUCAUGAUUCAGAGGGAAAAUUAGAAUCUUCAGAUCCAAAAUCUUGUAAUCAAGAUACUUCUGUGCUUGUUAGUGAGGAGGGGGGGAUUGAAAAACUUGAGAAUACAGGUAUAGAGGCUGAAGUUUCAUGUUUAGAAAAUGAGAUUUCUGAAGAUAUUUUUGAAAAAGAAAAUGAACCAUUAGAAAAUCAUGAUCAGGUUUCUGGAUCUUCAGAAUCAGAGGUGAAGGCAGUUACAUGCGUAGAUCAUCCUCCAGAUUAUUUGAAGCCUGAAGUAUGCCAAGCAGUAUCAAGUCCGCUAGAUGGAACUCCGGACAAUGCAGAGUCAGUGAUCAAUGAAGAAAAAUUAGUGGAUAAUGUCACAGGAGAAGUUACUGAUCAUAAUAAGGAUUCUGCAGUGAAAACAGAAGAGAUUGUAGAGAGACCUAAGUUACAAUCUUUGGAGGGUGAAAUUAUACAGAGAGUGGAUAAGAAGUCUAUUGAAAGCUCAGAGAUUCAGUUUAUUGGGAAUGUUGAAACUGAAAAUGCAGUAAUAACUGCCACCUGCAAUAAUUCAGAAAAUGAAAAUAUGAAUAGCAGUCAAGACUCUGAAAGUAGAAAUGAUACUCCGUCGGACAAAUCUUUAAAAGAUAAAACUGAAUCUCCAGUUGAGCAUCCUAUGGAGCUGCUUCAGACACCCAUUGAGCAGAUUGAGAUGCACUUUAGUGAGGACAAUAAUGAAAUGAUACCUAUGGAGUGUGAUUCACUUUGCAGUGAUCAAAAUGAAUCUGAAAUUGAAUCAUCUGCAAAUACUGAUUCUAAACAGUUGAGUGAAGAUUCUGUGACACACGGUUCUGAAACUAGUAAGACAUUAUCUGAUCCUACAAACAUAAAGGGUGAAACAUCUCAGCCAUCAGAGAGCCCAGUAGAUCCCAUAGAUAAAGCCAAAAAGCCUCGUACCCGCAAGUCUAGAUUUCAUUCUCCAUCUACUACUUGGUCUCCGAACAAAGAUACUACCCAAGAAAAGAAGAGAUCUCAGUCUCCAUCUCCCAAGAGAGAAACUGGAAAAGAAAGCAAGAAGUCUCAGUCACCAUCUCCUAAGAAAGAAUCUGCAAGGGGACGGAGAAAAUCUCGUUCCCAGUCCCCAAGAAAAGACAUGACAAGAGAAAAGAGGCGCAGCCAGUCAAGAUCUCCAAAAAGAGAUAGUACUAGGGAAAGUAAAAGAUCUGCAUCACCAUCCCCAAGGAGAGAUACUUCUAGAGAGAACCGAAGAUCUCAGUCAAGAGUGAAAGAUUCCUCAAAGGAAAAGUCUAGGUCCCGGAGCAGAGAAAGAGAAAAUGAUAGAGAUGGACAGAGGAGAGAUCGAGAUCGAGAAAGAAGAACCAGAAGGUGGUCUAGGUCCAGAUCUCGUUCUAGAUCACCAUCAAGAUCAAGAACAAAAAGUAAAAGUUCAUCAUUUAGCAGAAAUGAAAGAGACAGUUACUCUCCUCGGUGGAAGGAAAGAUGGACAAAUGAUGGUUGGAGGUGCCCACGAGGAAGUGAUCGCUACAGAAAGAAUGACCUCGAGAAACAGAACGAAAAUACAAGAAAAGAAAAGAAUGACGUCAGUCUAGAUACUGAUGAUCCAAAUUCUUCUGACAAAUGUAGAAAUGAUUGUCCCAGUUGGGUAACAGAAAAAAUAAAUUCUGGGCCUGAUCCAAGGACCAGAAAUCCAGAAAAGUUAAAAGAUUCCCACUGGGAAGAAAAUAGAAAUGAAAAUUCAGGGAACUCUUGGAAUAAGAACUUUGGUUCGAGUUGGGUAUCUAACCGUGGUAGAGGUAACCGAGGUAGAGGCACAUACAGAGGUGGCUUUGCCUACACAGAUCAGAAUGAAAACAGGUGGCAGAACAGAAAACCCCUCUCAGGUAAUUCAAAUAGUUCAGGGAAUGAUUCUUUCAAGUAUAUGGAACAGCAGCCCUACAAGCGGAAAAAUGAGCAAGAGUUCUCCUUUGAUACCCCAGCAGAUAGGUCAGGAUGGACCUCUGCAUCUAGUUGGGCUGUGAGAAAGAAUUUGCCUGUAGAUGUACAGAACUAUUAUUCACGACGAGGGAGGAAUUCUUCAGGUUCACAGUCUGGAUGGAUGAGACAAGAAGAGGAAACAACUGAACAGGAUUCUAACCUAAAAGACCAAACAAAUCAACAAGUUGACAGUUCUCAACUGCCUAUAACUAUGAUGCAACCACAAAUGAACGUAAUUCCGCAACAAAUGAAUGCACAGCACCAGCCAAUGAGUAUCUUUCCAUACCCAGUGGGUGCUCAUGCCCCCUUGAUGAACGUCCAGCGCAGCCCUUUUAACAUGCAUCCUCAGCUCCCCCUGCAUCUCCACACAGGAGUGCCUCUCAUGCAGAUGGCUGCUCCUACCAGCGUAACUCAGGGACCACCCCCUCCUCCUCCACCACCUCCCCCUUCCCAACAAGUCAGCUACGUGGCUUCACAUCCAGAUGGAAAUCAGUCGCAGGGUGUACCUAGUGCUUCUCAUGUAAGUAAUAACAUGAGUACACCAGUCUUGCCUGCUCCGACAGCAGCCCCAGGAAGUAUGGGAACAGUUCAGGGACCAAGUUCUGGUAAUACUCCGUCAUCAAGUCACAGCAAAGCCUCUAAUGCUGCUGUAAAAUUGGCAGAAAGCAAAGUAAGUGUUACAGUGGAAGCCAGCGCAGAUAGCUCGAAGACAGACAAGAAAUUGCAAAUCCAAGAAAAAGCUGCCCAGGAGGUAAAAUUGGCUAUUAAGCCAUUUUACCAAAACAAAGAUAUCACCAAGGAAGAAUAUAAAGAGAUUGUACGGAAAGCAGUAGAUAAAGUUUGUCAUAGUAAGAGUGGAGAAGUAAAUUCUGCUAAAGUGGCAAAUCUGGUUAAAGCCUAUGUAGACAAAUACAAAUAUUCACGGAAGGGGAGCCAAAAGAAAACUCUGGACGAACCUGUGUCUACUGAAAAACACAUAGGCUGAAAUGGGGAGAGCUAUAAAGGACGCUGCCAACAUACCUGCCAAGUGCAAUUCAACGUGUACCCUUCCCUGAGAAUCAUAACUGUGACUGAAAUCUGGUUUUGAUAAACAUAUUUUUUUUAAUGUAGGAUAUAAUGUUUUGUUCUAAAUAAAUAUAGUUCUGCACUGCAAUUUCUUUAACCUCUCCCCUCAAAUAAAGCAAAUUCAAGGGAAAAUAAAGGGUUUAAUGGAAUGUGCAUUUUUACUAGGAGUGUGUUAUAUAGUGUGGAUACUGGAAGAUGUACAGCUUUUUUAUUGAAAUCAUGGAGUGCAUAAACUAGAAACUUCUAAGAGCACUGGUUUUGGAAGACAUACAUAUAUAUGCACAUAUAUAUGUAUAUAUAUAUUACAUUUAUUCUGUCAAGCUAUAAAGUGUAAUCUUAUGAAUUUCUUCCUUCAGUUAUAGAAAGUUAAAAUAAUGUAUUACCGUUGAAAUAUUUCUAAUAUUAAUAGACAUUACCAAUUGCAGGGUUCCUAAUGUGUAUUUUUAAAGUACAUAUCUGAAAUAAAUUGCUUAGAUAGAAAACAGAUCAUCACAAUACUAAAAUUUAGUGUUCACAACUUUGAGACCCUGUUCCUGUUGUAUCACCAAAUAAAGCUUCUGCUACUUGGUUUUCUUUGUGCCUUUUUUUCCCCAGUUGAGAUGAAGCAGCUAGAUUUGCUAGAUUAUUAUUAUUUUAGUAGUUCAAAAUCUGCUGAAUUUUUAGACUCAUUUUGAAAAUUUUUGUUCAGAAAUUAUGUUCUUUGGAAAUAUUUUCUACCCAUCUGAGAUAACAGAUUAUUUGUGCCAGUUAGUCAUCGUUCUUAGUGGGUUCCCUUCUUCCUUUGGGACUAAGGUAUGAAUUACAAGACUUACUUCAUUGGCUUCAGGUUGUUCAUCUGUCUAACCACUGAUGGAUUGUUAUACACACUUGACACGUCUUCAGAUGCUUUAUAAUGAGUAAAAUUAGUGGUUAUCAACCAUGUUGCAGAAUUCUAGACAUUAAAACUUGUAUUUGACAAAAGGAGAGGAAAAUUAAGUAAUGGAAUUUCAUCUAGGUUUCCGAAGACUAGGUUUUUU